UAACGUAAAGGAUAUAAUAUAAUAAUCCCUGAUAUUUUGGUGCUAGUAUACCAUACAUUAAUUGAUAUUAUAUAUAAGUAACACUUUUCACACUUAAAUUCACAAGUUUUUGUGGAAAAGAGAGAAGAUGGCAGCUGGUCAACUUGAGCAUGAGUUAGAGCUGCAUGUACCAGCUAGUGAGGCAUGGGAACUCUUUGGCACCCUUGGUAUUGGAAAAUUGGUUGUGGAAGAGAUGCCUCAAUCAUUUCAGAAGGUGGAGCUAAUUGAAGGAGAUGGAGGACUUGGAACUAUUCUCAAACUCACAUUCACUCCAGGUGUACCUGGGCCAGGUGGUUACAGUGAGAAGUUCACCAAGAUUGAUCAUAAAAACCGCAUAAAAGAAACAGAGGUAGUUGAAGGUGGAUAUUUGGUGUUUGGAUUCACACUAUUUAGAGUUCGGUUUGAAGUGAUAGAGAAAGGUGAAGAUUCAAGCAUAAUCAAAUCUACAAUAGAGUAUGAAGUCAAAGAAGAGUAUGCAGCCAAUGCCUCACUUGUUUCAAUCCAAACAUUGGUAAACAUUGUAGAAGUUGCAAAGAAUUACCUCAACAGAAACAAGACUGCAAAAUAAAAAUUGUUGAAGGGAAAACCAAGUGUCUUGUGACAUUUCCUAGUUCAUGAAUAAAAUUGAUGAAAUUGUUUCUUUGCUUCAAACCUUUUGUUUCAUUAUCUAAUUCACAUCUUCAUGUAUUAUUGUUGAUUACUAGAUUGAGAAGCAUUGCUAUUUCUUGCUGGAAAGAAACCGGGGGAGGAGGAAGUGUUUGUUUAUUUUUAUUUUUUUGAGUCAAGCGUUUUGUUUACUUAGUAGAAAUAUGAAAAUUCAUCUUGAAGCUUGGUACAAACAAAUUGGGGACUCGUGUUAUUGUGAAUUUGACAUUUGUACUAAAGAUAUUUUUUCGCAAGUAUUUUUUUAGCAA